AUGGGAUCUCCACUUUCGCCGGUUAUUGCUAAUGUGGUAAUGGAACGUCUAGAACAGGAAUGCAUAACAACCUUGGAAGAGAAACAUGUACCAAUUAAAGUCUAUCGUCGUUAUGUGGAUGAUUGCUUCUGUGUAGGACAUGAGGAACACAUUCAGCAAGUUGUAGAGUGUUUCAACAAUUUUCACAGCAAACUUCAAUUCACUAUUGAAAAAGAAGAAAAUGGAAGGUUGAAAUUUCUGGACAUGAUGUUGACCCGGAGAGACGAUCACAUCGAACGAAUCUGGUCACCUAAACAAACAGAUGGAAGAUACCUGGAUUUCGGCUCGGAAAGUCCAUAUGCGCAUAAAUGCAACACAGCGAUUGCGCUCAUAGAUAGAGCAAUUAAGCUGUCUGAUUGUAAGAACCGUCCAUCAGCAAUACGAACGGCCAAAAACAUCUUGCAGAUUAACCAUUACCCUAAUUGGUUUGUUUGCAAGACCCUAAAGGAACGUGUUCAUAAGCAUUACAACAGCCUGCAGGAGAGAAAAGUAACAACUCCUGAGCAAUCGUAUGUUGCAGUUCCGUACAUUCCUGGGCUUAGUGAAAAAUUAGAAAGAAUUUUUAAAAAGUACAGCACAAAACUUGCAUUUAGACCAAGAGAUAAAAUUAAAAAUCAAGUUUUCACUAAGCUAAAGGACCCGAACCCACCAGGAAAACAGACGAAUGUAGUAUACACGAUCCCGUGUGGUGCUGAUGACGGGAAGGUUUACAUUGUACAAACAGGUAGAAAGCUAGAGGCGAGAGUGGCGGAACACAAGAACGAUACGAAGAAAAAAGACGCAAGAACUGGACUGUCUCAACACACACAACAAGAGGGACACCUUUUUGACUUUGCCAACACUCGGAUACUGGAACGAAUCGAUAACCAGAAGAGCAGAUUAACAGCAGAAAUGUUUCACAUAAAAAUACUCGGAGAGGACAGAACGGUUAAUCUACAACGUGAAUGUGGAACAUUUUGCACCACAUACGAUGGUCUGGUAUCGAAGCUGCGACAGUAUUGGAGUAGUAAAGCGUGUGGACGGUCUAGAACAAAUGAUCGUCCAAUCGUCGGCAAUGAGUGA